AUGGCGACCGUACGCCAUCACCCGCUCUUUGCCCCGCUGACCUUCGAGCCCUUCGAGAUCGACUACGAAGAAUUGGGACCAGACACGCCACAGCGCAAGGCGAAGCGACGCCGCAUUGUGAGCAACGCGGACCAGUAUCUGCGAGGCUCCCCUCUUUUCAUUCAAUCGGCUGCCCUUAGAGGUCCCUUUGAAACGGGGUGGCGGAAUCCAUGGGCUCAAAAGAAGCCCGCUCACCCUGCACCCUCAUCCAGAACUGCUCACUCUGCUGCACCUCGACAUAGACAGACUACUCGAGACCCUUCGCUAUCUCCAGAACCAGCCAAUCAAGAGCGACCAGCCAAUAAAGAGCCCAAUCGUGCUCCUCGCUCCAACCGUACUGCGGCAAAUACAAAUCCCAGGCAAAGGGAGCGUCAGGCUCGGGCUGAGGCGGACCACUUUGAACAGGAAAAGCGCAAGGCAAAGGCUCAGAGGAGAGAGCAGCGGCGUCAGGAACUGAAGAAGCGGGAGGAAAGGGCUGCUGAGCUUCGGAAAGACCAUUGCGGGAACAGUCCAGCACGACCGGUUGAUCUGACCGGCGCCAGCGCCUCCUUCAAUACUCGCCUCACGGCAGAGGUACUUGGUGACAGUCAUCAAGUUGCGAUAGACGCUGCAGAAGAAGAAAUUGCGCGGAACAGAGAUUAUGGAUCAAGAGAAAUACGCAGCAGCUUUACAGAUGAGUGGCUCAACCGCCUUCGAUCACCUGCCCAGACGCCUGAGCUGUCCCCUGUGCGCGUUUCUGAAUCAGGCAAGCAGGUGGAUGUGCUCGAGGCUUUGAGUCCAACUAGAAGACCGGCAAAACGCCCUGAUGUCGACAGUAAUGGUGCGAUCGACUCAUCUAGGCCAGAUGCCAAAUUCCUGUCUGAGCGCCAGAGGUUCGCUGUACCAGAAAGCCGCCAUCCGAGGAGGAAAGAUAGAAGAAAAGCUGCGUCCGCGUCCUUUCAAGCCGACGAUGAAGUUACUGAGGAGGAUGUUGUCUUCAGAAACCCUUCGGCUGCUCCAUCGUCAUCUUUUACAAGACCACAAGAUCUGCUGUCUCUGAAGCAACGUGCCGAUGGCACUAAAGAGAGAAGAUAUAGGCCUGCCAAGAAGGAUUCCAAAUUCUCAAAGCUCGCGCUAGCGGAGACGGGCAUGCACUCGGCCUCGAAAGUAGAGCUUAACGAGGGAUCUUCACGCAGGAAACCCUCUUCCAGCAGCCAAGAACGCAUGGAUGGCGUUCAAAGAAACGUUUCUCAUACAGCAAGACGGCGAGGCUUUGAGCUUGCAUCCGCUCCUGGCCCUGAAAACCCAUCGUCUCGGCCAGCACAUCAGCAACACAAAAAACACCCUAGUGGUUUCACCCCCAUAAACAAACGCUUCUCAUCUCCUCCAGCUGAACCUUCACAACCAGCCGCAAGCACCACUCCUGCAGGACGCCCAGUCUUGGGAGUGAAGGCAGCCACGAACAAUGCUAAUCCCGCAGAGCUAACGAGUGCAUCUCUUGAUCCCAACAACGGGGGUGUCUUGGUCAUGUCCGCAGGCGACAUCCGGCUUGACAACGAACCUCUACACAUGUUUAGCGGACAUCUCGAAGGGCAAGAGAACAAUUUCCGCAAUGAUGAGAACAAGGUUUCUGGGCAAUCGCCUCUCAAGGAGGUUGCUGUACGGUCUCCUGAGCAAGGCGCGACUUCCGCAUCCACGAAGUCCCGAAAGCGUAGAAGGGAUCAUCCUUUACAUGCUUCGCCGACUGCUAUGAACUCUCCAGGUUUCGCUUACCGCAAAGUCUCUGAUCCUAUGACCAAUGUCCCAAGGCUUCAACCUAUGAACCAAUCAAGCAUAGAAGUGGAGACACGGAAGAAAAAAAGGGCACGUCUGAUGAUGUUUGGUUCUUUGUCUCCUCAGCCUGUCGAGGCGACAAAAUUGGAACCCGAAAAUCAGAUUACUUUGUACGAAGACCAGCCCACAAUCACCGAUGAGGCGAGAAAAGAGCAGACGGACACUGUAGCAGGCAGCCAAGUGGCCAAGGCCGAUGAGCACAGCCCAGUUCGCGACCUUUCUACUCAAGCAGCCAUCCUUUUCGCUCAACGAGAGUUCCAACACGAAUUUCAGUCACCCUUGCGAAAUGUAGCCGCAGCUUCACCAGAAAAAGUGGCCAGUUCGCAACAGACCAGGACCAGUACCCCUCCACCAUCUCAGCCUCCAGCCGAGUAUACCGCUAUCACUCCCUUCAAAGCCUUCAACAAGGGCAAACCUUUCCUCACUGAACAUCUCUCUCAGCCUGGACCGGCGCAAAUGAGCACCCAGGAGCUGUUCAACGCCGCCACUCCGGUUACAUUCAGCACGGUGAAGAAGGACAAGAACACACAGAAGAGAGUCAGCUUGGCAGCCUCACCCUUGAAGUCCGCAGGCGGGCCCGAACCAGAAGCCGACGACAGGAGCGGCGACAUCGCCACUCCUCCAACAGGCGUCGAAGGCGACACGACGACCGCGGCCGGCGGGGUCACGUUUGGCGAAAUCUCCACCACGCCCCCGACGCCGAAGUUCCCGGGUUUCGCCAAGGGAGGAGCAGCAGCACCCGCCUCGGGACCGAGGCCCCAUUCUCUCAACCCAGCUCUGUCCUCCGCGCUCAAGAUCAGGAAUCCGAGUCUCACGGCGGCCGCUCGGCGCACGUCCAGCCAAGGUAGCUCGUCUUUCUCCAGACAGAGCGCUCAACCACCACCACCACCGCCGCCGUCAUCGUCCGCGCCGGUGGUGAGAAGCGCUUUGCGUCAAGAAUAUCGUCGCAACCUGUCCCAAGGCCGCAGCCCGAGCUCGCAACGGCAGCGCUCGUCUCAGCAGCAACAGGCGCAGCAGAGGCAGCCGGCCCCCUUGGAUGAUGUGGAUCUAGACUCGGCUAUGGAUGCUGCGGAUUCGUUCCUCGACACGGCGAAGCUUGGGAUAGAGUGGAAGGGGUCGGCGGGGAGGAGUGGUGUCGCACGGAGGGUUUGA